AUGAUUGGCAGUAAGGUUGCUGGGCUAUGCUGCCGAGUGGCCGGUGCUUCUCAAGCACUUCUGGCUCAAAGGAGCUCGCAUACUAUCUGGUAUCCCGAUGCGAAAUUUGAGAGGCAGUUCAAGAGUUGUGGAGGGAUGGGGAAGUUGUGGAUGAGUGAAAAGUACGACGACUAUGACAAAGCGAUUGGUCUGGAUAAGCUGGAGAAAUUAACUUAUGAACAACCAGUUUUCUCAGAUUCUUACGAAGGAAAACACCGUGAAAAACAGUUGGAGAACAUGAUCCUGAACUUUGGUCCACAACAUCCUGCUGCCCAUGGUGUGCUUCGACUUGUGUUAAAGUUGGAAGGAGAAGUAAUCAUCAAAGCAAUUCCUCAUAUUGGUUUACUACAUCGUGCCACGGAAAAGCUGAUCGAGCAUAAGACAUACACGCAGGCACUCCCAUAUUUUGAUCGCCUCGACUAUGUCUCCAUGAUGUGCAAUGAGCAAGGUUUCGCACUUGCUGUUGAGAAAUUGCUGGGUAUCGAUAUUCCACCGCGAGCAAAGUAUAUUCGAACUUUGUUCGCCGAGCUCACAAGAAUUCAGAAUCAUAUUAUGGGUAUCACAACGCACGCUCUUGAUAUUGGUGCGAUGACACCGUUCUUCUGGAUGUUUGAGGAAAGAGAGAAAAUGUUUGAGUUCUCUGAACGAGUGUCUGGUGCACGAAUGCAUGUGAACUAUGUACGACCUGGAGGUGUUGCUUGGGAUUUGCCACUUGGGCUGAUGGACGAUAUCUAUGAUUGGGCCAUAAAAUUCCCCGAAAGAAUAGAUGAACUGGAGGAUAUGCUAACUGAAAAUAGAAUUUGGAAAGCAAGAACAGUGGAUAUUGGUCUUGUUUCUGCAUCUGAUGCAUUGAAUUGGGGCUUCAGUGGUGUGAUGGUACGAGGAUCAGGAAUCAAACAGGACGUACGUAAAACGCAACCCUAUGAAGUGUAUGAUCAGCUUGAGUUUGAUGUGCCAAUCGGGACCAAAGGAGAUUGUUAUGACAGAUACCUCUGCCGCAUCGAGGAAAUGCGGCAAUCAUUGCGCAUUGUCCAUCAAUGUCUUAACAAGAUGCCUGCUGGUGAGAUUAAAGUUGAUGAUCACAAAGUUGUUCCACCAAAGCGAGCCGAAAUGAAGGACUCAAUGGAAUCACUUAUACAUCAUUUCAAAUUCUUCACGGAAGGCUAUCAAGUUCCACCCGGAGCCACAUACGUUCCUAUUGAGGCCCCAAAGGGCGAGUUUGGUGUGUAUCUUGUUGCUGAUGGAACCAGCAAGCCCUACAGGUGUUAUAUUCGCGCUCCUGGAUUCCCCCACUUGGCCGCCAUCCACGAUAUUUGCUACAUGUCAUUGAUUGCCGAUGUUGUCGCUUUUAAUUCUGGCACUUUCCAUAGUUGUGCUGUGUCGGUUCUUGUUCAGAGUAUUCUUUUCGAGAUUGGUUAUCGAAAUGAAAGUGCACGUACAAAUCUAAUCUCGUAA